ACCAUGUUUGGAAACACAUUUUAUGGAGGCUUUUAGGGGAUGAUGGUUGCAUUUUUCACUAGAUGCGGCCUGGUAUUUAGUAGUUAAUAAUAUAAUCAUGCACACCACAGAAAUUGGCGCAAGUAACGUUCCUGCAUUCCUGAUAAAGCUGUGGAAGCUGGUUGAAGAUGAGGAUACAAAUGACUUGAUAUGCUGGAGGCCGAAUGGCCAAAGCUUUGUGAUUCAUAACCAAACCCAGUUUGCAAAAGAACUCCUUCCACUUUACUUCAAGCACAACAAUAUGGCCAGUUUUAUUCGUCAGCUGAACAUGUAUGGAUUCCGUAAAGUGGCAAGCAUUGACCAGGGUGCUCUGAAAUCUGACAGAGAUGACAUUGAGUUCUUCCACAAUUUUUUCAUUAGAGGGCAAGAGUGCAUGCUUGAGUUCAUCAAACGGAAGGCACCAGCUGGGCGUGCUGAGGACUCUCGAGCAAAAGCAGAUGUGUUGAAGGAGCUUCUAUCUGAUGUGGGCAGCAUGCAAGGACGACAGGAACAUGCGGACCAAAUGCUCUCCGACAUGAAAAAGGAAAAUGAAGCAUUGUGGCGUGAGGUGGCAAUGCUCCGUCAAAAGCAUAUUAAACAGCAGCAAAUUGUAGAGAAGUUGAUUCAGUUUUUGGUGACACUGGUCCAAGGAAAUCGCAACAUCACUGUAAAGCGCAAGUUACCCCUCAUGCUGCAGGACAGUCAAAGUUCCAGCACCAAGAUUCCUCGUUUGAAAAAGUCUCAGUUUGGAACUACAACAGAUUACCAAGUCAGUUCGCCAGCAAGCUUGUCAGAUGGUCCCAUGAUUCAUGAUGUGACAGACAUAAUUGAGGAUGUUGCAGACCCAAGCAUCCUUGUUACGGGAAACACAUCCGUGAGGCCAGAGUCUGCUGCUGGAAGUAACGUGGGCGCAUCGUCGUCUGUCAGUGUUGCUUCCCCAUUGCCUUUAUCUCCUGCCCCUCCAGGAAAAGUAGUAAUGGGAACAACAGGCAUAUUAGAUCUGGACUCUGCACCCAUUGUGGCCAGCCCCCUGGAUCCAAAUGAGCCGAUAGAGCCCUUGAGCCUAAUGGAAGCUCUUUCAGAUUCGCCCAGUGGCAUCUAUAUUCUCCCAGAGAGCACAAAUGAAGUGGAGGUGAGUUCUGGAAGGAGUGGAAGUUCUGCAAAUAUUGAUGCAAGUACUACAGGAAAGUCGCCAUGCAUCACCUCUGAUGGCACUCAGGUCUCUCGGACAAACCCAACUGUGCCACCACCAUCGCUUGGAGACAGGAUUGAAGCAGUGACUCCUUCCAAUGAUCUCCUGAGCAGCUGUGUGAUGUUGGAAAACAUCCCACUAAUAGUUGGACAGGCUGACCCGGACACAGGAACACCUCAAGGGUGCAGUCAAACACAUCAGGAUACCAAGGACCCUGCAGCUACUACUUCAACUUCAAGCACAGCUGUGCCACAUGUGCAGGACACUGGAAUGCAAGUGGCACUACAGGACAAGAGUUCUACAGCUAAUGCAAGGGUCUUCUCGGAGCACGUUGAAGGCAUUGACACGGAGCUGGACUGGCUUCAAGACCAAUUGAUGUCUGGUGGACUUAACCUAGACUCCUCAACACUGAUGGGGGUAUGUCCCGACUGGAGGGGGCUUCUUUCAAACGACCUAAAGCUUUUUAGCAGUGACGAUCCCCUGGCGUCGUGUCUUGGGGAUCUUAUUGCUGAAGGAAGGGAUACAGAUGCUGUGGGAAAUGAAGUGGUCCAGUACACACCAAGCUUGCUAGACCUGGAAGAAAUUGAUGACGACCCAGUUAUAUUCAACCCACCAACUGCUGCUACUACAAAGAGUGACUUGACUUCAUCUGGAAAGUCUGUGAGCCCCAUUCAGACGCCUAUUGUGGAGCAGGUUGGCUCCCCAAUUAAUCUGUCAAUGGGUAAAAAAGGAGCCAGUAAGAAACGGCGGGGCAGAAAGUGAUGUCUUAACCUGCUGCUGUACAAAAACGCAUGUGUAUCAUAGUAGAGACAUAUUACGUUAAGUUUCACACAGUUCCUUCAGUCAGCAUUUCCUUCACAAGGAAUGUGGAGGACUUUCAGCCUCCAGUUACCAUACAACUACAAGGUGCAUUAAGUUGACUAAAACAGUCAACAGUCACUUGCACUGUCUUACAUUGACCAAAGGUUGAAUUCCAACACAGAUUGGUCCAAGAAAUGCCAGCUACGUUAACUACAGGGACAUUAUUUAUUGUAACCUCUAUUUCCACAACACUCGGCUACCAACAGGUCUUUAUGUGAUGAGUUGUGUUCUGUUGUGAAGAUGAAAGAGAAAAUAAAAUGUUUUGUGUUGAUAAAAA